AUGGCCGUUUCUCCUGGCAGCUUAAAAGAGUCGUCCUCGAGCUGCGAGGAGGCAUUGCGAUUUGCUAACGACUAUGCUUGCCUUUGUGGCCAGAGCUUGGAGGACAUGAAAAGCUUUGGUCCAACGAAAGAUAACUCAGCUCUCAGUCGUUUGCGCGCAGAUUUAGCUCAUCUACUAGAAGAGAAGACACUCGUUGAGGCAGAACUAAAUGCAUUGAAGGCUAAUCAAGAGCGAGCUAUGGCAUUGUUGGAAAGUUUUGGAUUUACCUGA